AUGGAAGGAGGAGCUGCUACCGACGUCCUUCAAGUUCUAGUUCAAAACCUCAUCGACCUCUCCAAGAAAGAGAUCUCUCAGAUCCGAGGUCUCGACAAAGAUGCAGCAAAGCUAGCUGGGAGUCUCGACAUGAUCAAAAAUUUCCUGAACGAUGCCGAGACGCGUAACAUCACCAACGAAGCUGUCAAGUGCUGGCUGAAGAAGCUUGAAAACGAGGCGUUCGAUGCUGACAAUGUUUUGGAUGAGCUCAACUAUCAUAUUCUCUCCAAAAAAAUUAAGGCCUCCAAACCCAUGAAGGCGAAGGUACUAUCACGCUUCUCAUCACCCUUCAAUUCCAUUGCGCGUCCAAGAAAAAUGGCUGUUAGAAUCCAAGAAAUCAAUGAGAAUUUGGAGUCCAUUAAGAAAGAGGCCACCGAUCUUGGCCUCGUAGCAAGGCUUGCCAUUGAGCCCACUUUGGUUGACGCUGCUAUUUUUGAAACUGAUUCAUUCACUCUUGAUCCUAUUUUCAUUGGAAGAGAUGAUAUUGCAUCAGAAAUAGUUGGGAUGCUUACCAAUAGCAUCACAACUGAUGAUGGAUCAGUUUCAAUCCUUGCCAUUGUCGGGAUGGGAGGAUUGGGAAAGACAACAUUGACUAGGAAAGUCUUCAAUUGUCUAAAGAAUGAGACUCGGUUUGGAUUACAUAUUUGGGUGCAUGUUUCUCCAAAUUUUGAUCCAAUCAUUCUUUUCAAGAAAAUUCUCAAAGAGGUUUCCCAACAAAACAAACAGUUGCCUUCUAAUCAAGUUGAAAGUUCUAGUAAACAGGAUAUUCUUUCAAAGCCUGAUCAAGUUGAAAUUGAGAGUAAGCAAGACAUUCUUUCAGAGCUUCAAAAGGCUUUGAAAGAUAAGACUUAUCUUCUUAUUCUUGAUGAUGUAUGGAAUCAAGAUGUUUCAAAAUGGGAAGGUUUUAUGAAUUCCUUGUUGGGAGUUAGUGGUUGUGUCAAGGGAAAUGCCAUCAUUGUUACCACCAGAAAUAUGGAGGUGGCUUCAAUUGUAAAUACAAUUCAUAUACAUGAGUUGAAAGGCUUAUCGGAGGAAGAGUGUUGGUCAAUAAUCAGAGCAAAAGCCUUUGGAAAAAAAGAUGUUCCAUCAGAAUUUGAGGCCAUUGGGAGAAAGAUUGCAAGAAGGUGUCAAGGUUUGCCAUUAGCUGCCAACAUAGUUGGGGGAGUGCUGCACGAUAAAUCUGAGGAUAAAUGGCGUUCAAUCGAGGAGAAAUGGCUUUCACCAAAAGAAGGCGGAGAUAAUAUCACAAAAAUAUUAAGAUUGAGCUUUGAUAAUUUGUCUCCGCCAUUCCUUAAGAAGUGCUUCGCAUACUGUGCGAUGUUUCCUAAAGGCUCUGAAAUCAUGAAACAAGAAUUGAUUGAGAAGAUUUUCAAUUACAAAGGCAAAAGAUUUCCAUUAUGGACUGAGAAGAUGUCAGUUCGAGAUGCGCUUCAAGGCUCUUGGGUCCUACUUAACAACUUAAUGUCAUUAAGACUCUGGUACUGCAGAAAAUCUGAAGAGAUCCCAAUGUUGGGGCACUUGCCCAAUCUAAAGUCCCUUGGGCUGAUAGGAUUGAGAAAUUUGAAGUGUAUAAAUUCAUCAUUCUACGGAAUGGUGAACAAGGACACACGCAUUGUUUUUCCAGCUCUCGAGAGGUUGGAAUUGAAAGACAUGCCUAAGCUGGAAGAGUGGGCAGAAAUAGAAAUUUCGGAUGGAAGUGAAGUGAAGCUAUUUCCUCGCCUCCGAUAUUUGGAAAUUAAGUGGUGUGAGCAAUUGAUGAGUGUUCCAAGUCAUGUCUCGUCAUCAUGCCUUGAAAGUCUGACGAUUGGGAAGAUCGGUGUGGAAUGUCUGCCAGCUGAUUGGUUAUUGAGUAACAGCGAGACUCUCUCUUAUUUGCGAAUAGAGGGCUGCCUGAAUUUGAGAGAAAUAUCAGAUAGGUGUGGAGAAGAAGAAUCAGAAGGAAGAAGCUUCCCAAUCACAUCCCUCCCUAAUUUCCCUCGUCUAACAACUUUGACAAUUGAAGACGUUCCUGAGUUAAGUUUGGAGACUGUGAAUGCAAUGCGGCGCCUCCAAAUAGAUGGCUACAAACACAUUGACCCGUGA